AAGGCCUUGACACAGGAAGCGGCGUCACUGAAUCGGUUGCGCUGCUACGUGUUCGGACGAGGCAGGAAGUUGACAUGUCACGGUUGCUGCAUUGUUUUUUACACGCUGAUUAAAAAGAGCUUUGCUUUAUUAGUUGCUGAUACUGCCGUAGAGCAGUAUGUUGCCGACGAGUUCCCCGCAGAUCCACCGGAACGGCAGCCUGAGCGCGCGGGAUGUGGCGCGGCACACGGCCGGAGCCAAGCGCUACAAGUACCUGCGGCGCCUUCUGCAUUUCAGACAGAUGGAUUUUGAGUUUGCCGUGUGGCAGAUGCUCUACCUGUUCACAUCGCCGCAGAAAGUGUAUCGCAACUUCCACUACCGCAAACAGACCAAAGACCAGUGGGCUCGAGAUGACCCUGCGUUCCUGGUGCUGCUCAGCAUCUGGCUGUGUGUGUCGACGGUGGGCUUUGGUCUGGUUCUAGAAAUGGGUUUUGUGGAGACGUUGAAGCUGUUGCUGUGGGUGGUUUUCAUCGACUGUAUCGGAGUCGGAUUGCUCAUAUCCACACUCAUGUGGUUUGUCACAAACAAAUAUCUACUGAAACAUCCUGGCAGAGAUUACGACGUGGAGUGGGGCUACGCGUUUGACGUCCAUCUGAACGCUUUCUACCCUCUCCUGGUCAUUCUGCACUUUUUACAACUAUUCUUCAUCAACCAUGUCGUGGUUGUAAGUUCAGACUGGUUCCUGGGUUAUUUUGUGGGAAACACCUUUUGGCUUAUUGCCAUUGGUUACUAUGUUUACAUCACAUUCCUGGGAUACAAUGCGCUUCCAUUCUUAAAGAACACUGUGGUGCUUCUGUAUCCCUUUGCUUUGCUUGGACUCCUGUAUGUUCUCUCCAUUUCACUCGGCUGGAACUUCACUAAAGGUCUCUGCUGGUUUUAUAAGCAAAGGGUCCAGUAAAGGACAGCAGAACACAUGAAGGACAUUGCUUCAGUGCACAUGUGCUCUUAAAGAUGGAUGGAAAGUGUGUUGUCACUCUUGGGACUUCCUGACUUUUUGUAUAAUCUGUAAAUAUCAGUUUGGUUGUAGAGGAAAAGAAUUUCAAUUGUUUAUGGUGUCAUGAACCUUUUCUUUUUCUUAAUUUGAUACUCAGCCCUCAUUUAAUGUUGUGAUGUGGUUUUGAAAAUGCAAACAUGGGGAAAAGUGCAUAAAAUAUCUAGUAGGAUGCUGCACUUUUUACUUGCGAAAACGUGUACAAUAAAGAUAUUUUUAAAGAAACAGAUUUUUAGUUAA